AUGGCGGACGUUGCAAUGCGAGAAGCCAACGACGAUGGCGGACCCGAUCGUACUCCACGCAACAUGCUCGAACGUCUACCCCCGGAGAUGCAGUUGAAGAUCCUGCAGUACCUGGACUAUCAAGCGGCGAUACGACUCUCACAAGUCGAUCGACACUUCCAGCUCAUGGUGAAGCCCAGCACGUGGCCCGAACAAGAUAAACACGACUUCAUCACCAUCGCGCAGAAAUGGGCUAAGCACAAUAUCGCCACACUACUCCACAGUCAGCCCAAAUAUACAAUCACCGUCAUCACCAAUGACUUCGCUUGCCGCAGCUGCUGCCGCGUGCUGCCCCGGUCCAGAUUCUCGAUCUCACAGACUUCUCGUCAUCAUCAGAAAUCCGCGGCCAAGCGUGCUCUGCAUGGACUGCGGUAUAGCUCGUCGCAUCUACCGGCCUGGUCUCCUGUUACGUCGUGUGGCAGAGGAGACAUAUACAAUGGGAACAAGUUCCACAACACCGCGUGUCGUGUAUGCCAUGGAAUUAUGCUGCGGAAAUUGCGCAGGCCCUCAAUCCUACACCGAGAUGGUGCCGCUGAUCCGUUGCCCGGCUGGCCUUUGCAGCAUGGCCUACACAAACGGCGAGCCGGAGUCUACCGUACGAGAGAAGCAAGGCUUCAAAGCUUGGGACACACCUGCGCAGUAUAA